AUGCAGGCAAAAGAAUGUCACAAUGAGCGGAAGGUGACCUGCAAGCAUCCUGUCUCCGCCGUCCCCUCUCAAGACAACUGCAUCUUUGUCGUCAACGAACAGACCGCAGCCAAAGCACCGGCGAAUGAGAGAAAGCCACGGCCAAUAAGCACCAUGAGCGAGGCCUCUAACUACACAGGCGGCUCGGAUCACGCCAACAGCCCGGCCAGCAUGGUGGCGGAGGGACAAAAGGACAGGCCUUCGAGACCGUCCAAGAAAAUUCACAACUUUGGGAAGAGAUCCAACUCAAUCCGGAGAAAUCCAAGUGCUCCAGUCAUCAAGAAGAACUGGCUUUAUAAACAGGACAGCACAGGGAUGAAGCUGUGGAAGAAGAGGUGGUUCGUUUUAUCUGAUCUCUGCCUCUUCUACUACAGAGAUGAAAAAGAAGAGGGCAUCCUGGGCAGCAUCCUCCUCCCCAGCUUUUAUAUAUCAAUGCUGUCUGUGGACGAUCACAUCAACAGGAAAUACGCUUUUAAGGCGACACACCCCAACAUGCGGACAUACUACUUUUGCACUGACACAGCCAAAGAAAUGGAGUCGUGGAUGAAAGUCAUGACAGAUGCCGCGCUCCUGCAUUCGGAACCCGUCAAAAGGUUGGAUCGGCUAAAAGUGGAGCAAUGUGGACCUCAGGAAAUCAACCAUGUAGCCAAUCACAGACCGGCGCUCACACAACCAGAAAUCCAAAAGAACGAGCGCAAUAGAGAAGUGAGCUCGCAGCACGCCGCACCUGUCAGCCCCGUCUCAGUGGAGGACGAGCGGAAGCAGCGGGACGCCGAACGAUACGGAUUUCAGAAAGACGGAGAAGAGCGUGAACGGCCCCUCACCAAAAUCAACAGUAUCAAACUACAGCCGACCCAGGCAGCUGCGACCGUGUCAAAGAGGACCCCCACGGAGACGGACGGCCAGUACAACGGGCCUCAGGUGAACGGGGGAGUGGAGCCAUGUCCGGACGAAGCGCCUGGCGUCCCCACUCAGAGAAGCCCCGCCCAACCUGAACCGGACCGCACCCUGAGCCGGACCAGCUCCAUGCAGCAGCUGGAGCAGUGGGUGCGCUCGCAGAGAGGCCGAGGACAGGACGACGACACCAGGAGUGUUACAUCGUACCAGACAAUGCCACGAAACAUGCCCAGCCACCGUGUGCCAUACAUGCCUCAGUAUGCAGAGGCAGGUUACCGCAGCAUGCCCCGGAACAGCAUGGCUCAGAGGGACAGUAUUUGCAGCAUGUCCCCCUCUCUGUACGACCAGGCCCUGGGACCCUUGUCCGGGGACAAGCGCCGCUCCAUGAGAGACGACACACUGUGGCAGCUGUACGAAUGGCAGCAGAGACAGGCGUACACCAGACACUCAGGGAUGUACAGUAACAUGGCCAGUCCCAAAACCAUGAUUAACCUGUCGGAGCACGCCCCGCCCAGCCACUCCAUCCCCCCCUCGCCCUCACACGGCUCCUUAUCCAUGUACGGAGGAUACUCCCCCAUGAGGUCCUACAACAUGAGCAGUGCGCGCUCCGAGGUGUCGUCUCCCGUCUACAGGAGAGAUAUGAGCAUGGACCGAAGACUGAGGCCACAAGUCAACAAAUAUGCUUAUCCGCCUGAUCGGAGGUCGAUGCCAGCGGGAAUCCCAGUCCAAACCAUCACAUCUCAAUCUCUUCAAGGCAAAACCUUGAGCCCAGACGACUACAGGGAACAGGUUUACAACGCAGCGCCGCAAGAGCUGGACAUUGACGCCCGGCUGAGCAGAUUGUGCGAGCAGGACAAAGUGGUGCAGACGCAGGAGGGCAAACUGCAGCAGCUGUACAGAGAGAAGCACACUCUGGAGACGGCUCUUCUGUCGGCGAGUCAGGAGAUCGAGAUGGGCUCCGAUCACCCCGCAGCUCUGGAGAGUGUGGUCCAGCAGAGGGACCUACUUCAGAGCGGCCUCCUCAGCACCUGCCGAGAGCUGUCCCGAGUCAGCGCGGAGUUGGAGCAUUCAUGGAAAGAGUACGACCGACUGGAAGCAGAGGUGGUUCAGGCCAAGAGCAGUCUGCUGGAGCAACUGGAAGCACUGGGGAGUCCACAGAUGGAGCCCCCUAGUCAGCAGCAUGUGCACAUUCAGAAGGAGCUGUGGAGGAUUCAAGAUGUGAUCGAGGCUCUCAAUAAACAAAAGGCUCAGAGAAAUGCGAGUGACAGCACAGGCAUCCACGGAGCCAAGAACAACAUCAGCAAGCAGAAAAAUGAGAGCACGGAUUACAGACUGUACAAAAGUGAACCUGAACUCACCACAGUGACCGAAGUGGAUGAAAGUAACGGAGAGGACCGAUCCGAGCACGCAUCUGACAGAGACCACUCUGGGAGCAAAGGGGUUUCCUACCCUGUCGGCAUAGUCCCUCCCAGGACCAAAUCUCCAGUGCCUGACUCGUCCUCCAUCGCCUCAUACGUUACUUUAAGGAAAGGAAGGCGACCUGAUUCAAGAACAGAGCGUCCGCGCAGUGCCGUGGAGCAGCUGACCGCAGGGGACAGUGGACGGCCUCGCAUGAGUGUGGAGGAGCAGCUGGAGAGGAUCCGCCGUCACCAGCAGGCGGCGCUGCGGGACAAAAAGAAAAGCCAGGGUGCUCGCAGUGGCAGCCUGGAGAGCACGCCCACACGCAGCCAGUCCUUCACCAAAGAAAAUCAUUUACGCAGCAUGCAGUCGCGGCGCAGGGAUGAUGUGGUGAGCUGUGACAUCCAGGCGCUGGAGGCUUCGCUCCGGCAGCAGGAGGUGGUGAGAGAACAGGAGACCCCCGCUGAGGAAAUAGCCCGUCUCAAAGAAGCCUCGCUCACCGACCACUUCAAUGUGGACCGAGAGCUUUCUGUGCCUGAUAAAGUGCUGAUUCCUGAGCGAUACGUUGAGCUGGAGCCAGAGGAGGCGCUCAGUCCUGAGCAGGAGGCUGAUAAGCAGAGAAAAGUGGACCGCAUCAAAGCCCUCAUAGCCAAAAACAGCAUGCAAAAUGUGCUGCCGAGUCUUGCUUUAAGCCCAGAGGAUGUGGCUGAGGAGGAGGUUACAAUCCAGGAGAAGGAGAAGAUGAUUAAUAUCUCGUACGAGAUAGCAGCCGAGGCCUCCAAACGCAGCAAACUUGUAGCAGUGAGGAGCCUGUCUGCCUCCUCCCCACCCCAGUCUCCUAACUCACCCCCUCAGCUCAUUGACGGCUCUCACUUCAUGUGUGUGUAA